AGUGCCCCGCACCAACAUGGCCGCCGCGUCCCGGGGAGCGUGUUCCCCCACGGGCACCGCGCGCUAGCGGGGCCGUUGCUGGGCGCCCCGCAGCGACAUGGCGGCCGUGCCCGCGGGGGUAACUCCCGUUGUCGGCGCUCGCUUCUAGCCUGCAGGCGGUGAGGCGGGACGGGACGAAGAUGGCCGAGGGCGAGCGGCAGGCGGCGCCAGAAGCCUCCGAGGAUGCCCCUCCACCCGCUCAGAACUUCAUCAUUCCGAAGAAGGAGAUUCACACGGUCCCGGACAUGGGCAAGUGGAAGCGCUCCCAGGCCUAUGCCGACUACAUCGGGUUCGUCCUCACCCUCAACGAAGGCGUGAAGGGCAAGAAGCUGACAUUUGAGUACACGGUGUCUGAGGCCAUCGAGAAGCUGGUUGCUCUUCUCAACACCCUGGACAGGUGGAUUGAUGAGACCCCACCAGUGGACCAACCCUCACGCUUUGGGAACAAAGCCUUCCGGACCUGGUAUGCCAAGCUUGACGAGGAAGCAGAAAACUUGGUGGCCACGGUGGUCCCCAGCCACCUAGCAGCUGCGGUACCUGAGGUUGCUGUUUAUCUAAAGGAAUCGGUGGGGAACUCCACACGAAUCGACUAUGGCACAGGACACGAGGCAGCCUUUGCUGCUUUCCUCUGCUGCCUCUGUAAGAUCGGGGUGCUUCGGCUGGAUGACCAAAUCGCCAUCGUCUUCAAGGUCUUCAAUCGGUACCUAGAGGUCAUGCGGAAGCUGCAGAAAACCUACCGGAUGGAGCCUGCGGGCAGCCAGGGCGUGUGGGGGCUGGACGACUUCCAGUUCCUACCCUUCAUCUGGGGCAGCUCCCAGCUGAUAGAUCACCCGCACCUGGAACCCCGGCACUUCGUGGAUGAGAAGGCUGUGAAUGAGAACCACAAGGACUACAUGUUCCUGGAGUGCAUCCUGUUUAUCACGGAGAUGAAGACAGGCCCCUUCGCCGAACACUCCAACCAGCUGUGGAACAUCAGCGCAGUCCCCACUUGGUCCAAGGUGAACCAGGGUCUGGUCCGCAUGUACAAAGCCGAGUGCCUGGAGAAGUUCCCAGUGAUCCAGCACUUCAAGUUCGGGAGCCUGCUGCCCAUCCACCCUGUCACCUCACGCUAGUCCGUGCCAGGACCCCGAGGGGAGGUCUGACCAAAGUAUGGCCUGUGUCCUGACUCCCCGUGGGGGCUGGAACAAGGGGGGUUCCCUACUCCGGAGGAUGCUGGCCACACGGCCAGUGCGGUGCCCCAGUUGGGGUAUGUGAUCUUACCCAACCCCCGCUUUCUGUGGCCUGAGUCCCCCACAGAGUCAUCAUCCCAAGUGCUGGCCCUGGGGCUCUGGGACAUCUGGCAGAGACCGUCCCCAGCCCAGAACCCCCUGACCAGCGCCCACUCUGGCUCCCCUCCCAGGCCCUUCGUUUUGCUGUUCUCCCCUCUUUGGUGGGUGCUGGGGGCUCCCAGAGGCAGAGCUGCUUCCAUUGGGGGUGGUACUCAGGGACGUAAGGGGUUUGUACAGGGCUUGGGGCCUCCCUACCCGGCAGUGUUAUGUCCGCUUCCACUCCUUGCUCCCAGGACCCCUCCUUCUGACUCCCCAAUCCUUUCGGGCAAGGUAGGGACGGCCCCAGAGUCUCAGCCUUGGCUCUGAGGCUGGCAUGGGGGGUGCCCAGACAGUUCCAUCCCUCUCUAGGCCUUCUCAGGCCGCCCUGCUCUCCUCUCCCAUCCCUGCCUGUUGUCAGGGUCCACGUGCCCUCCAAGAAGCACAAAAGAGGGGCCCAAGGUUCCUGGCAGGGGCUGGGACAGGAACCCCGAUCUGGUCCGGAGAGGCCCAGCGCCUGCCCCCCAGAACACCGCGCCCGCCUCGCCCUGGCCGCCCGCACUCUCCUCGCCAUUGGGAUUAAAGCCUGUUUGCACCUGC